AUGGCGCAGAGCCUCGCGCCCCAGCACGGCGGCGAGCCUAACCCGCUCGACACCACCGGCCUCUGCCUGCUGUCACUCGACGGCGGCGGCGUGCGCGGCCUGUCGACCCUCUACAUCCUCCAAGGCCUCAUGGCGCGGCUGAACCAUCAACGCCAGAGCGCCUGUCUUCCUCGAGUAAAACCGUGCGAGGUAUUCGACCUCAUCGGCGGCACGAGCACGGGCGGGCUCAUCGCCAUCAUGCUUGGACGGCUGGAGAUGGACGUAGACGCAUGCAUCGCAUCCUACAGCGAGCUGAUGAAGACUGUGUUCGAGGAGAAGUCUAGCUGGCUUCCUGUCAGCUGGAGCGGGAAAGUGAAGGCGCGGUUCGACUCGGCGAAGCUGAAAUGCGCCGUGGAAGAUGCCAUCUCCAAGACAGACGCUUUCUCAGCAGACGCCCUCAACGAUGGCAAGGCUCGCGGGUGCCGCACGUUCGUCUGCGCGACAGCGAAGGAGACGGCCGGCAUCACACGGCUAAGGAGCUACACACUGCCUGAUGAAGGCGAGAUCCCUGCGACGAUCGGCGAGGCUGCGCUUGCAACAUCAGCAGCGACAGGUUUCUUCGACCCCGUCUCGAUCGGAGCGCGGCAGUUUGUGGACGGCGCACUGGGCGUCAACAACCCCGUCGACGAGGUGGAAGGCGAGGCGGCCAACAUCUGGAGUCCUGAUACAGGCGACCUGAAGCCGCUAGUCAAGUGCUUCGUCUCGAUCGGUACGGGCCACCCUGGCAAGAAGGCACUCGAGGACAACAUCGUCAAGUUCUUGUCGAAGAGCCUCGUGGGGAUUGCAACGGAGACGGAGAAGACGGAGAGGAAGUUCAUCGCGCGAUGGGCGAAGCACUACGACGAGAAGCGGUACUUCCGGUUCAACGUCGACCAGGGGCUCCAGGAGGUCGGCCUGGCCGAGUACAAGGAGCAGGGCAGGAUGCAAGCCGCGACGGACGAGUAUCUGCGACACCAGGGGCAGAAGUUUCGGGUGCGGGACUGCGUGGAGAACCUGCAGCAGAAGCAGAGUGUGCAGAACAGAGUCGUCCUUUGGGGUGGUUAUCCAUCUAAGAACGUGCACUGGAUGGUACCUCGUCCAGUCAACAGUCUGUUCACUGGCCGCUCCGAGCUCACAGAUCGGAUCCAAAGCGCCUUGCGCAACGAUGAGCCAGAUAUACUUAAGCAGAAGCGACUGGUCAUAAUGGGCAUAGGCGGCAUAGGAAAGAGUGAGGUGUGCUUAAGAAUUGCGGACCUAAUGCGAGAAGACUUCUGGGGCGUGUUCUGGGUCGACGUCGGCAGCCCGUCGACUGCUAAGAACGGCUUCCUAGCCAUCGCGAAGGCGCUCGGAUCGUCUGCCGAGAGCGUCGAGGAGUCGCUGCAGGCGCUCGCCAACACGCCUGACCGCUGGCUGCUAGUCUUGGACAACGCCGACGGUCCAGCGUUCGACUAUGCAGCGUAUAUCCCGUCUGGCACGCAAGGCACCGUGAUGAUGACGUCCCGUGUGCCUGAGUGCAGCCAGUACAGCACGCUGCGUGCGGAAGCGCUCGAGGGCCUGGAGGGCGAGCACUCUACGCAGCUUCUGCUCAAAGCUGCACGGGUGCCAGAAGCGUCUUGGCAGGCUUGCGAAGAGCAGGCGCAGGCAGUCGUGCAGCUGCUGGGGUCAAACACGCUUGCGCUGAUCCAGGCGGGUGCGUAUAUUGCAGAAGGGUACUGUCGGCUGGACCAGUAUGCGGAAAAGUACAAGCGGCUGCGCGAGCGACUGCUCAAGCACUACCCUAAGCAGCAGCAGUCACGGUAUCGGCAUGUGUACGCGACGUUUGAGGCAUCCGUCGGAGUGCUGAACGAUUCUGAGGACGGGGUAGGCCGAGACGCGUUGGAUUUGCUUGGGAUCCUCUCUAUGUUGCACUCUAGCGUGCUGCCACUUCAAGUCUUCCCAGGCGUGUGGAAAGGAGCUCGGCAGGUGCUAAAGGCCAACAAUGACCAGACUGACGAGAUGGACGCUCUUGGACAGUGGCACGUGUCUCAGCUGCCUGAGCUUAUCGACAGACAAGCAGACGAGUGGGACGACUACCAACUCAACCAAGCCAGCGCUCUGCUUGCCUCGCUUUCGCUAGUGACAAGACACCGCGUAGACGACCUGGACGGACUGUCGAUGCAUCCGCUCGCGCACGCGUGGGCGAAAGACCGGCUCGGGCAGGAGCAGCAGCAGGCGGCGUGGGUGAGUGCAGGAUGCAUUCUUGCAUUGUCGCAGGGCGAGUCGGAGACGUGGCAGGUGUACGAGAGGCAGUUGCGGCCGCACAUGCAGUAUUUUCUGUCGCCUAGUGUCGAGUUGAUGUUCUCGUUUGGCCUAUCAGGGACGAUGUUGCCUAUCUUGUUAAAGUGCGGCUGGGCGCUGAAUACAAUGAGGGAGGACAACAAGCUGAAGUUAUUGCUAGAGGGCGUCUACGGGGUUCUUAGGAUCACGCCAUCAGAUCCGUCACAAGAGCACAUACGGAUAUGGGACCUCGCAGCCAGGAACCUUAGAUACCUCGGCCACGCUAAACAGGCUGUGGCGUUGCUAGAGCACGUCGUCAAGGUCCAGGAGACUACGCUGGUGGAGACUCACCCCGAUCAGCUGGCAUCGCAGCACGCGCUUGCUGGUGUGUACCGGGCCAAUGGGCAGACCAAGGAGGCCGUGGGGCUGCUGGAGCAUGUCGUCAAGGUCCAGGAGACUACGCUGGCGGAGACUCACCCGUCUCGGCUGGCAUCGCAGCAUGAGCUUGCUGGUGCGUACCGGGCCAAUGGGCAGACGAAGGAGGCCAUAGCGCUGCUGGAGCACGUUGUCAAGAUUAAACAGACUACGAUGCCGGCUACGCACCCAUCUCGUCAGGUAUCAGAGCGGGUAGUAGCCUAUAUACAGAGCAAACUAGAGAGACAAACUUCUUAA